AUGACACGUGGUAAUCAGCGUGAAUUGGCCCGUGAAAGAAAUCUGAAAAAGCAGCAGCAGCAUAAGAAGUCACAACCUCAUCAGGAUGGCGUAAAAUUAGAUAACAGAAUGGAACGGGAUGCAGAUAUCAUGCGUAAAAAGCAGGAAGCAGCAGCAGCGAAGAAAGCAGCGGAAGAAGCAGCUGCGCGUGCUGAAAAAAAUAAAAAAAUCCAAGUAUUCGACCCGCUGAAAUGAUUCCUUCAUUAUCCACAAUGAAAAAGCUUGUGUAUUACAAUACCCGCCUUCUGCUUCCUUCUUUGCCUCCUAUCGGAGCUGACCUUUGCUCCUAUUCCUUUCUUUUCUUUUUUUGGUAACUGAUCGUCUUUUAGAAUGAUCCAGUACGUGACAAAUUCUG